AGCCAAGAUGGCGGCGAUCGGCAUCCACUUGGGGAGCAGCUGCGCCUGCGCGGCCGUUUAUAAGGAUGGCCGUGCAGAUGUUGUGGCAAAUGAUGCUGGGGACCGAGUAACUCCUGCUGUUGUUGCCUUUUCUGAAAAGGAAGAGGUCGUUGGUCUGGCAGCAAAACAAAACUGGGUGAGAAAUCUCUCAAAUACUGUAGUGAAAGUGAAACAGAUUCUUGGAAGAAGGUAUGUAAUUCCUUAAAAUGCUACAAAAUAUGCUUUUAAAGCUUUCUGUGUACUCCAUUAGUGUGCGUCUGAAUAAAUUGCUUCCUUUUAAAAUGUAAUUAUUAACUGGUCUGAUUUGGCUGUACUUGUAAACUCAACUCCCAGCGCUGGUAAAGGUUCCUCUUGCACAUCUGUGCUAGUCGUUCCCGACUCCAGG